CGGCAGGGAGGGAUGCUCGGGAAGCGAGCUACGGUAGCCAGCGGUGCCGGGCAGCUUGCCCUCGCCUCUCCUCACAUCCAGCUCCGAGAUGCUCUGAUUUUAUUCCCCUUUUCUCAGGGCAGCCUCAUGCCAGGGACUUCCAUGUCAUGAGUGGGGAUGAACCUCGCAGCCCUCUCGCUGUUGGCAGAAACAGGAAUCUGCAGACCUCUUUAUGUUUAGCUUUUAGUGAUUUUGGACCUCGGGAGCGAGUUGCUUCCUCUUGGAGCACAGGGAUGUAACAGCCCAGCACUGUGCUUGGAAAGAGAGAAACAAAAGGGGAGGAGAAGCAGCGAGGAGGGGAAGAGGCUCACGUGGCUUCCCCAGGGCACCGGCCAACGCCUCCAGCGCAAGAGCUGCCUCCGGGUCCGUCGGCUUCUUAAACCCUGGGACUUGGCUGGCUCCAGGCUGGAAGCAAACCCCCUCCUGCCUUUCACAACGGGGUGGGUGCUCCGGGUGCUGCUGGCAUGGGAUCCCCUGCUUGGUGCCGGUCUUCUCCCUUCUCUUUGUCCCUGGUCCCUGGCACCAUCUCAUUGUUUCCUUCUAUUUUUCCUCAGCUCAGGGUACUUGUAAUGAGAGAGGAAACCCCGUGAGGACACCCAGGGCUGCGCUCGCUUCUGCUUCCUCUCCCAGUCGUUGCUCGAGCCAAGGAUGCUCUGCCCGCUGCUUGCCCUGAGAGCACUGGUGCUCGGCCUGGCAGGUGCCAUUGAGAUCCAGGUCCCGGAUGAGCCCGUGGUGGCUCUUUUCGGCCAAGACGCCACCCUGCACUGCUCCUUCUCUCCCGAGGCCAACUUCAGCCUCAACGACCUGAGCCUCAUCUGGCAGCUGACGGACACCAAGCGCUUGGUCCACAGCUUCUCUGGUGGUCGGGACCAGCUGGAAGACCAGGGUGGGGGCUACGCCAACCGUACAGCCCUGUUCUAUGACCAGCUGGCCCAGGGCAACGUCUCGCUGCUGCUCCGGCGUGUGGAGAUCUCGGAUGAGGGCAGCUUCACCUGCUUUGUCCGGGUCCAGGACCACAACAGCGCGGCUGUGACGCUGCAGGUGGCAGCUCCCUACUCCAAGCCCCAUAUGAACCUGGAGCCUAACAAGCACUUGAAGCCAGGAGAUCUGGCAGCGGUGACUUGCCACGCUUCCCGUGGCUACCCUGAGGCCCACGUCCUCUGGCAGGACAGCCAGGGCAGCAGCAUCACAGAGAACAUCACCACGUCCCAGGUGGCCAAUGAAGAAGGUCUCUUUGACGUGCACAGCAUGCUCCAGGUGCUGGUGGAGCCCAGCAGCACCUACUCCUGUGUGGUGCGGAACCCGGUGCUGCAGCAGGAGACCCAAGCUUCUGUCACCAUCACAGGCCAACACCUCGCCUUCCCUGCCGUGGCUCUCUGGGUGACAGUGGGACUUGCCAUUUGCGUCGUGGGGCUGCUCAUCGUCCUGGCCUACGUGUGCCAGAAGAAGAUCCGCGAGAGCUGUGAGGAAGAGGAGGAAAACGCAGGGACGGAGGAGCAGGAUGAGGAGGGGGGAGAACCCAAGACAGCUUUGCAGCUCCUGAAGAGCACAGAGAUCAAAGAGGGUGAGUGCAUUUGCCAGGCAACAGCGUAGGACCAUGAGCUGGCUCAUGAUGAGGGUUUCUUCCUCAGAGCACUGGAGGUGAU